UCCCCCUCGCCACACUGGGUAAGGGCGCAACUUGACUGGAAGACUUGGAUAGCAGUUGCUGUAGGUAUGACUACGAUGGUGCCGGGAACUGACCCAGCGACAAGGCGCCAGUCGACAGCAAACAGUAACCAGACCGUUGCUCAGGGAAAGCAAAAUGAGCUAGAAACGAUUGAGUGCGCUAUUUAAAGGAGGAGGCGCCGCCGCCGCCGCCGCCGCCGCUGCUGCUUCAAAGCGGAUAGUAGUGUGACCGGCCAUCCAUUUUGCUAUCGUUGUGCCGAAGUUGCUGUUCUAACGAGUGUGACAUCAACGCCGGCCGAUAUCCUGAUAAACAAACAUAGGCGCGUUUGUUUCUUCUCUGCAUAUCAUUGGUAACAACGGAAGUACUAGUGUAGAGUAAGGUGUGUUCUGUACAGUUUGCGAGGAUGAGUCCUGGCGUUAAGAAGCCGCAGAAGUGUUUUUUCCAAUAGGGACACUUUUGCUAACAGCUGAGCCGGGUUGGACCGCGUGUGCCUUAUCAUGCACUUUGUAAAUAUUUGCUGACCUUUUUUCCUGCCUGAUAUGCGUAUGAAACGUCGACGCGACAAGUUGAAUGAAAUCGACGGUCUAAAAGGGAUAAUGACUUACUGAAUUAUACCUAUUUGCUCUUCUAGUAGCGACAUCAGCCUGGUACGUCGAGGACGCACAGACGGAGCUGGAGUUCACGAAAUGCAAGACUGCGCCAAAAUUCCCGCCAGCGUUUACUUUGUGGUAGUCUAUAUGGGUGCUUUUAUGUGUCGAAAAUAUUCUUCUUGCAGAGAUCACACUGAUGUGGACGGAAUCUGUCUAUUCCAUACUCGGAAGUGUCUCUUGUACGUAGACUUUAUCAACUAAGAAAGCAAUAUGAUGGUCUUCGGAGAGGCUCGGCGACAACGUCUUAAGAUGUCGUAUACCAAUCGUUCUUGCUUUAAAGCCGUACUUGUCCUGACUUUGAUUUCGGCUUAUGUCAUCUUGGCAUUAGUCAGUAACCUCGGCAUGCUACCCAUCCAGGCAAAUCUGGGAAGCAUCAAGGAAUUGCAAGAGUCAGAAUUGAACAAACGGAACUAUACGAUCUCAAUAUGGAAAGUGGGAGCUCGCAUGCAGAGGCGCUUCCUUCGAUCAUUCGGAUCCAUUGAGAGAGAUCCGUUCGCACAGUGUUCAGUCAGAAAUUGCCGCCUGGAAGUAAAUGAUUCGCUGGUGAGAUUCAGCGACGCAGUCAUGUUUCAUUUGCAUCUUUUGAGAAAUAUCAAAACAGCCCUACCUAAAACGCGGCCGAUUAAUCAACAGUGGAUAUUCUUCACGGAUGAGUCACCUUACCAUACCUUUAUGGCUGACCCCAAGCUAACGAUGAAGGAUCUCAACGGCCUGUUCAACUUAAGCAUGACCUAUCGUUCAGACUCGGACAUUCCCAUUCCUUACGGUCGUACGGAAAAACUGCCGUCCCCCAACCUCGAAGAUUUAACGUCCAUGUUAAAGAGCAAGACAAAAGGUGUUACCAUCCUCGGCUCAAACUGCGAUGGAAAAAACGGUCGGUGGGAUUACGUGCACGAGCUGGCGAAAUAUAUCCAGGUGGAUAUUUUCGGUCGAUGCGGAAAGCAAGCAUGUCCAGAGCAUUUUUCUAAAGAUUGCGAUGCGAUUAAAGACUACCAGUUCUACCUUUCCUUCGAGAAUUCGAAUUGUGCUGAGUAUCUAACGGAAAAGUUGUGGUACAACGCCUACCAUAAAAAGGCAAUUCCGAUUGUGAUGGGGGCUCCGAAAGACGACUAUGACCGACUGUGCCCUCCGCAUAGCUUCAUUCACAUUGACGACUUUGCCUCACCUAAGGAGCUCGCUGAGUAUAUCAUACUACGAAAAAACCCUGAAGAUCUCGUGGCGUAUCAUACGUGGCGUCGCAGCUAUCGGGUGGUCAACGAACACGGUUACUUCGGUACGCCUUCACUACAUCUAUGCCGUAUGUGCGAAAUGCUCAACAAACCAAUUAAAAGGCAAACGUUGGACCACCUCGAGUCAUGGUGGAGUGUACGGAGAGACUGCAGAAAUACACGAUACAAAGCGUCUACUGCGUAGUAUAAAGUUCUAUUUUAAAAUAAAUUCAGCUAACGGACAUGGUCACUAGCGUGUAUGUUACUCACAAUUCAAUUUUCUCUUAUAAUGCCUCAUUCAAUUUAUUACGAAAGUGAUCGUGGUGCAAAGAUGAUACUUGAAUCAUUUAGGCAUGAUUUUUUCCGCAGAAGAUGAAAAAUAGAUAGAACAACAAAAGCUGUGUACAUAUCCUGGUGUUUUGUAAUUGUUCCCUAUUCGAACGGAUGCUCUGGUGGGUGAGCAACUAAACAGCUCAGAAAAUUCUGUGCGCUUGAAAAGUUAUCGAUCAGAUAUCUUCAAGGAGACAGAUUUCUUGAACGAAAUCGUAAGGACCACCGCAGGCUUUGUCGUGCGCAAUAAACAGUUACCAACGAA